CCACACCCCCUAAGAUUAGCCGAGCUGCUGUUGUCUGUGGCGGGCUUUUAGCGUCACUACACGAGGCUUUCCGUCUGCCGCCAUUGCUGGAACACUAAUGUUAAAAAACCCACCUAACUAGUGACAUAAGAAAAAACCCGGACUACAAAGAUAAGAAAAAGCCCGGACCACCGACGUCAAACCACCGGGCUGACUAACUUUUAAUCAGGCAGAAACCGCGGCCACCCCAGACCGGCAGCGGACCGGAGCAGACCGGAGCGGAGCAUCGGAGGCGGGAGAGGGAGUCACCUAAGCCGCUUAUAGGUGGCUGCACCCGGGCACAAGGUGGAGGAAGAAGGUGGAAGAAGGGGGAUAAUGGGUCAUAUAAAGAUGGCUGCUGAGCAGACAGGUCCUUCUCCUCCCGCCUCCACUUAACAGGAGUCCGUGUCGAGCAGACCUGCUGGAGGAAUGUUUACUCUUACUGAAGUCGCCUCCCUGAAUGAUAUCCAGCCAACUUACCGCAUCCUGAAGCCAUGGUGGGACGUCUUCAUGGACUACCUCGGUAUUGUCAUGCUGAUGCUGGCAAUAUUUGCUGGCACAAUGCAGCUGACGCGGGACCAAGUGGUCUGCCUCCCCGCUCUGGACCCGGCCCCGGAGGAGGCAGGCGAAUUCCUGGGUUCUCAACCGACGCAGGCGGCGGACAGGCUUUGGAGUAAGGAGAGCGCCAUGGGGGAGCAGGCGGCGCCUCUCAUUGCCAGGAGGCCUCCGGAUGUGGUCGCUCCCACAGUUCCGCUCCCACAGCAGUUUCCACCAACCGGUAUCAGAACCAAGUUGGAUUUUCAGCAGUAUGUUUUUGUCAACCAGAUGUGCUACCAUGUUGCCCUUCCGUGGUAUUCCAAAUAUUUCCCCUACCUCGCUCUUAUCCACACCCUGAUACUGAUGGUUAGCAGCAACUUCUGGUUCAAGUAUCCAAGGACCAGCUCCAAGAUAGAGCACUUUGUGUCCAUACUGGGCAAAUGCUUUGAGUCUCCUUGGACUACAAAAGCGCUGUCCGAGACGGCGUGUGAGGACUCCGAGGAGAACAAACAGAGGCUGGCAGGGACCUCUACUUAUCCGAAGCACUUCUCCACAAGCAGCGAGGAGGGCAGUCCCAACCAGUCGGCCCCUUUGUUGACCAAGUCCGGCGUCACCUUCUCUGCCGAGAAGCUGGUCAGCGAGGUGCCCGCCAUGACCAUACUAGACAAGAAAGAUGGCGAGCAGGCCAAGGCGCUCUUUGAGAAGGUCAGGAAGUUCCGCGCACACGUGGAGGACAGUGACUUGAUCUACCGCCUGUACGCCCUUCAGACGGUCAUCAAGACGGUGAAGUUCAUUGUGAUCCUGUGCUACACCAUGACUUUUGUGGCUUCCAUAGACUUCCACCAUGUGUGCGAGCCUGAAAUCAAGCACCUGAUAGGAUACAAGAAGUUUCACUGCACGCACAACAUGGCCUUCAUGCUGAAAAAGUUGCUUGUGAGCUACAUCGCGCUCAUAUGCGUCUACGGCGUCAUCUGCAUUUACACGCUGUUCUGGCUUUUUCGACGUCCACUGAAGGAGUACUCCUUUGAGAAGGUGAGAGAGGAAAGCAGCUUCAGUGACAUUCCAGACGUGAAGAACGACUUUGCCUUCCUGCUGCACAUGGUGGAUCAGUACGACCAGCUCUAUUCCAAACGCUUUGGCGUCUUCCUCUCUGAGGUCAGCGAGAACAAACUCCGAGAGAUCAGCCUGAACCACGAGUGGACCUUCGAAAAGCUUCGGCAGCACGUGAUUCGCAACGCUCAAGAAAAGCUCGAGCUCCAUCUCUUCAUGUUGUCAGGAGUGCCAGAUGCCGUUUUUGAUCUCACAGAUUUGGAAAUUCUCAAACUGGAGUUAAUCCCCGAGGCCCGGAUCACGGCCAAGAUCUCACAAAUGAUUAACCUCCAGGAGCUCCACUUCUACCACUGUCCUGCCAAACUGGAGCAGACCGCUUUCAUUUUCCUCCGGGAUCACCUGAGGUGCCUUCAUGUCAAGUUCACUGAUGUAGCUGAGAUUCCCAGCUGGUCGUAUCUGUUGAAGAAUUUAAGAGAACUCUACUUAGUGGGGAAUCUCAACUCUGAAAACAAUAAAAUGAUUGGACUGGAGUCUCUGCGGGACCUGAGACACUUGAAGGUUCUACAUCUGAAAAGCAACCUCACCAAGAUCCCCACCAACAUCACUGAUCUGUCACCACAUCUUCUCAAGCUGGUGGUCCACAAUGAUGGCACCAAGCUGCUGGUACUGAACAGUUUAAAGAAGAUGAUGAACUUGGCUGAGCUAGAGCUACUCAAUUGCGAGCUGGAACGCAUCCCGCACGCCAUCUUCAGUCUGACGAACCUUCAGGAGCUGGAUCUGAAGUCCAACCACAUUCGGACCAUUGAGGAGGUCAUCAGCUUCCAGCACCUUAAGCGGCUGACAUGCCUCAAGCUGUGGCACAAUAAGAUCAUCUCCAUCCCGGUGUCCAUCAGCCACGUCAAGAACCUGGAAUCGCUGUAUCUGUCGCACAACAAGUUGGAGUGUCUGCCCUUGUCCUUGUUCUAUUUGCUCAAGCUGAGGCACCUAGAUCUCAGCCACAACUCCAUCGCCACCAUACCCGUGGAGGUGGGCUUUUUGCAGAACCUCCAACAUUUCGCCAUCACAGGCAACAAAGUGGAAGCGCUUCCCAAGCAGCUCUUCAAGUGCACCAAGCUGAGGACGCUGUGCCUCGGCCACAAUUGCAUCGCCUCCAUUCCGGAGAAAGUUGGCCAGCUGGCGCAGCUCAGCCACUUGGAGGUGAAGGGGAACUGCCUGGACCGGCUGCCCGUCCAGCUGGGUCAGUGUGCUCUCUUGCGCCGCAGCUGCCUCAUCGUGGAGGACCACCUCUUUGACUCGCUGCCCCUGGAGGUCAAGGAGAGCAUCAAUCAGGAAUCCAGUGUUGCUUUCACAAACGGCUGCAAGUGUCUGACUGAUGGACGGUAGUCAUGUGACCUCAGCUGGCGGGUCACCCGUUUUUAUUUUAAUACACACGGCAGUUCACUGGAAAGGGCAAAGCCACUGAAAAACCUUUUGGUUUCUGUCACGUCUCUGUAUUAGUCCUCUUGUUGACGCAUGUAGCAGCUGAGCAUUAGCUGAACCUUCACAGAAACACGGAGCAUCGAGCCCGCCAAAAAUCCACCGUCCAGUUAUUUCUAAUAUGUAGUUCUUUGUGAGUGAAAACCACUUUGGUGCUUAAAGUACUCCUUCAGUUACUGUGCAAAAAUCUAAGUCCCUAACUUUGUUAUUUUACUGCAGGAAAUGCUAGCACGCAUACAGUUUGCAGGGUUACGUAAACAAUACCAAGGAUUUCUACGCACCAAAGUCACCAAACUAUCAACACAAAACACUCUUCCAGUUGGAUCUUGAAGAUCUACGUUCUACUGCUCUGUGUUAGACUUUUUGUGGGGAAUUCUCCUUACACUACAUGCUGUCCUCAUCAGCAGAGCAUUGCUAAAACAACACAUCUAAUUGUGGUGCAGGACUUUUGCACAGUAGCAGUUCUCAGUUAGAUGUGGAACGUUCAAAGGUUCUGGGAACAACCAGGUGUUUCGACAGCGUAGUUAGCUAGAAACCCACUGAGUUAAAUCAAGCUCACAAAACAGACCGUUGACAACUCAGAGAUGGCCUUCUAAUUAAAAAAACCCCCAACAAAAUCAGGUCCUGACUAGAACAUGAUCAAAGAUAUAUAACAUAAAUAACAUGGUCAUUACUGCCUACAUUCUCUUGUUAUAUUCUUAUUUUACUGUUAUAUUUCUAUCCCCAUUGUUACUUUUUAUUGUUAUUGUAAUAUAUCUCUAUUUUGGUUCCAUUUAAACCUCCAUUAUUUACUUUUCACUUCUUUUUUUAAAUUGAUCUGAACUCUGUACACUGCUGCUGGAAUUUUAAUUUUCCUGGAGGAACUCUCCUGAAGGAAUCAAUAAAGUACUAUCUAUCUAUCUAAAUAAGUCAAGUUGCGCUCGUCAGGACUUUCAUGGAUUCUGCUAGACUGGCAAGAUGCAGACCUUGGGCUGUCAGACGAGGUUAGCGUGGUUACAGUCAACAUCAGUACUAUCGGAGCUGGCAGUACUCAUUUUUACCGCUGGUACUCUUAACUUCUCGCCUUGGGAGUCAGACGUCAGCCGGGCGAGUCCGCAUGAUCGCGAUCAGUGGACCUAAAAGUGUAAUUUAGGUUGCAAGUUUUCAACUUUGCAGAAACAUUCAGCUUUUGUGACACUUACCCAACCCUAGUGAGGGGUCAGAUAUCGUUUGAAUUCGAACGAUUCCGAUUCUUUGUUUCAAUUCCGAUUCCUGAUGAUUCUCGAUUCCGAUUCUUUCUUUAAAAAAAAGUUAAGGAUAUUUUAAAUGAGCUAGCUAACCUACAGUCUUUCUGAAUGAAAUAGUCCGACAUUGUCCAUCAAUUUUAAUUCUAUUAACUUUUUAUGAACUUUACUAUAAAUUCCUCAGAGGGCUGUUUUCAACUAGAAUAUAAAUAUCAAAUCUAUGACCUUGAAUAUAAAUAUUAUAAAUUACGAAUACAUUUUCACAGGGGUACACUUUCAUCAAGAGAGCUUUAUUUUUGAAAACCUCAUGAAAACAUAUUUCCACACAUAAGUGUAUGAUGCUUCAGGUACUUAAACUUGUUAGCGUGCUCCCACUGAUGGGCUAACCUGGUGCAAAAAAGCAAAUAAACAAUAAGAAACAACUUUCAAAACCCAGUCCUGAUUAGCAGCAGGUACAGUAUAAAAUCAGAGACAGUUCUUGUUUAGGAAAAGGACCAUAUCUGCCUUCUGAGGCAGGAUGCGUGAGCGUUCUGGACCGAUAGUGUCUCCUGUCCAAGACGGGACACGCAUUUAUUUGUACUCCAUGAAUUUGGAGAUGCUUCAUCAUGUUCGACGUGCACCCUCCUAAGCACCAAACAGUCCUGUCGCACGUGUUACAAUUCGCCGAUAUUUAAUUUUUUUUAGUAAAAUAAAGCCACACUUUCGACCGUCGACGCCCGCUAUCCAUGUUUGACUGACUCGCUCGGUUACAUAGGCUCGGCUAUGCUAACGCUUCCGGCCGUGGGCGCUUCUCCGUUGGUGUUCAGCGGCUUCUUCUUCCGGGUCGGCGGACUUAUUAUUUUUUUUCGGUCGGCGGACUGGGUAUCGAAACCAGGAGUCGAAAUUUAAACUUUUGAACGAUUCCGGGAGAAUCGGAAAGUUAGUCCUGGUUCCAAUAGAUACUCGAUAACCAACCCUACCCGUCACCAUACGUGUUACACAACGGCAGUGACAACAAUAAGAGAUGCCAAUCUUACAACUAACGAUUGUAUUCCAUUUAGAAUUGAUUCUCCAUUCUGGCUAUACUUUAUUUGGUGUACAAUUAUAAUACCGUUUUCAAAUAGGUUACAGGCUACACAAGCUCUUCUCGGUUGCUAGCAUAUGAUGUAUAAGCCUGGUGAUCGAUUCUUGGGAAUUCUGUGUUAUGAAUAAAGAUCCCGUUUCGGAUGUUGUAUAUGUAUAGUGAUACUUUGCACUGGAGAACGACUACAAACUAAGGAUGGGUACCAAAUGUGGUCCCACCAGGCACCGAUUCACGUAAAAUCCAACGGUGCCAUGUCACGGUAGCCGGGUUGCGUGCGACAUAACACUGGGUUGUGGACUCAGACUACCUAUGUAAUGUUGCCACUUUUAAUGUCAGCCAAGAAACCCACUCAAAAAAUGUUUCGACGUGAGUGGAGUAAGGCUACACUUUUCCAAAAAUGUGCCAGCUUGAUGCUAAUAUAAAUUGGCUUUGCUAUUGACAUGCCAGUGAUUAGUUUUUAGCAAUUUUACAUGGCAAUUUUAACACCUCUUAAUUUGAUUAUGUAAACCACAACUACGGCAAGACGAAUGUUACAACCAGACUACUGGUGUGUGAUAAGUAUCAACACAACAAAAGACUAGAUUCAGCAAGGUUUUGGACUUGCAACUGUAGUUAAGACUUAAAUGUGAUGAGAUAUAACAGCUAGACAUCAUAUUGAUCUUAUGUUUAAAGGUUGGGAUUAAGAAAUGUGGUUUUGAUAUCAAAAACUAUCAAUAGUUCACACACAAAAAUUAGUACCAGUAUUCAUUCCCAGGUACUAUGAAUUGGUAUCGCAUCGGUUCAAAUGUGACCGGUACCUGUCCCUACUACAAACAACCACAAUAUUAAACCCAACCAAUUUAAAAGUGUAGAAGAAUAAUUUGUACUCAAGUUGUGUCUACAGGAAACACACGUCAUGAAGUGUUGUCCAGAUGUACACAAUCAAAGGACCAUGGGGCUAUUUGUGUGGGGGCCAAGGUGCAUCUAAACGUGGGUCCGUCUUUGUAACCUUCUGCAUUCCACUUGGUUCUAUUCUCGUCAAACAUUGACACCAACAAGGGACCAGCUGAACCUCCUAGGCAGUUACUCGACCAACUUUGUAUUUUUAUAUCCUUGUCCUCUCCUGUUUGACACCCACACCUUGUCCUCGGCCUUUCCUGCACUUUGGGACAGCUUGUCAAAUAUUGAAAUAAAUGACCUCAGCUCGUUUGAUGCUGAAUAAACACAA